CACUCACUCACACACACUCUCUCAUCUGAGACUGAAGACUCUUACAAGCUCCUGACAUCCCAAAGAGCCUGAACACACACACAUACUCACACACACACACACACACAUACUCACACAUACUCACGUACUCACAUACUCACAUACACACACAGGUGUGACCCAUCUCUCACCGGUCUGCUGCACUCAGUUAGAUUUCUGCAGCAUCAUGCCCAGCCAGCUAGAAGGAGCCAUGGACGCUCUGAUCCGAGUCUUCUACAACUACUCAGGCAAUGAUGGAGACAAGUACAAGCUCAACAAGGGGGAGCUGAAGGAGCUUCUGAACGCCGAACUUACAGACUUCCUUAACUCCCAGAAGGACCCGAUGCUGGUGGAGAAGAUUAUGAAUGAUCUGGACUCCAACAAAGAUAAUGAAGUGGACUUUAACGAGUUUGUGGUGCUGGUGGCGGCGCUGACCGUCGCCUGUAAUGAUUUCUUCCAGGAGUCUCAGAAGAAAAAGUAGAAGUGUCUCCUGCUGCAGAACGUAGAACGCACUGCGGAGUAGACGUUUAAAAAUACAUGUUAGAAACUUAAAAUUCUAUUAGUUCUCUGUAAUUUAGUAUAUGGUUGCAGCUAUAUUGCAUGAGUGUGUGUGUUUGUGUGGACGUGUUUCUGCGUGUGUGUGUGUGUGUGCGCAAACGUGCGUGUGAAUGCUUAGAUUUAGUGGCUAAUUUAAAUUCACUUGUAAGACAUUAUUAAAUUGUCAGAUUUGCUGAAAUGUUGUGAACCAUCAAUAUAUACAGUACCUUACAAAAAUUUGAACGCACCUCAUUCGAUGUUUUUCUCGAUUCAUUUCUUUAUUUAAUUUAUGUUCUACAUUGUUGAUUAGUAUCAAAUAAAUCAAAGCAAUUAAGGGGCACAUAUAGAAUCAUGUAGUGAACAAAACACUGAGAUGGUGAUUUGGGAUGAGCUAGAGCUUCACAGAGUGAAGGAAAAGCAGCAACUUUUGUUCAGCACCUCCAGAAACUCCUUCAAGAUGUUGAGAGAACUUUUCCAGGUGACUCUACCUCAUCUAAAGUAUAAAUAAUGUUCUGGUUUGUUUAAAACUUUUUUUUUCUACAUGUGCUCCUGUAUAGCUUUAAUGUCUGCAAUAUUACAUUUACAACGAAAUAUAUAUAUAUAUAUAAAGAAAGAAAAUACAUUGAAUGAGAAGAGGUGUGUUCAAACUUUUGACUAUUACUGUAACUGAAUCUAAAAACACUUGAUGUAUUGACUCACAAUAUCAUUUUACAUAGAAAAAUUUCAACUGGGCUUUGCUAUGAUUAAGUAGUUUCACAUUCAGUGACUGUGUUUUCUGUGCCUGUUAAUAAAUGUUAUUAAAAAGCAUUAAAUGUGUGUACUACUCUAAUAAGAACUAAUAAACUUGAUAUAAUUCU